AAAUCAAGAUUUCAGUUGGUACGAUCCAAACAGGUUCAGACUUCCCUCUCCUCUGACUCGCUCUUUAUAAAUCUGAUACAAAAAUAUACCGUGUGUGAAAACCCGGGCUGCGGUUGAAGGAAGAGACGCAAUGGACCUGAUGGCGUUGGAGACGAAGUGGAGGACGGCGCUGAGCUCCAUCCUGCACAUGUUGAUGGACGACGAGUUCCAGAAACUUCUGUUUAACCUGCAGAAGAUCCCUCAGGGGGUGAAGGGGGGGCGGCCGCGGGGCGACAUGCCCAGCGUCAUCAUCCAGCACUAUGGCACCGAGGGAUCCAUCACACUCAUCGACCGCCUGAUGAAGAUCCUGCCCAGGCUGGACGCCGCCGUGCAGCAGCCUCUCAGAGGCAUGAAGGACGAGCUGAAGAAACUCCGGGAGAAAAGCAAAGGGACCACAUCUGCAGCCAAGAAGAGGAAAGCUGCAGCUGGGACCAAACCUGCAGCUGACUCAGGAGCAGCGACUAAGAAGAAGAAACCUGCAGCUGCGGCCACGAGCAAUGCAACUGACUCAGGAGCAGCAACCAAUAAGAGAAAACCUGCAGCUGGAUCCAUCACACUCACCGAGGGAUCCAUCACACCCAUCGACCGCCUGAUGAAGAUCCGGCUCAGAGGCAUGAAGGACGAGCUGAAGAAACUCCGGGAGAAAAGCAAAGGGACCAAACCUGCAGCUGACUCAGGAGCAGCGACUAAGAAGAAGAAACCUGCAGCUGAGGUUUCCGGCGGCAGUCGUGAAACCCAGAUCCGGAAGCAAGACUCAACCCUGAAACUCGCCCUGAACCCUCAGACUCCACAGGUCGAAGAUGUGCUCGGCUUGAUGGAUCCAUUUGGAGGCGUGAAGCUCAUGGGUCGAGACUCAACCCCGAACCCAGCCUGGUUCCUCCCAACCCUGAAACCAGCCGGGUUCUUCCCAAAUCCAAAGAAGGUUCCAGUCGGAGCUGUGGAGCCUCAACAGAAGGUUCCAGUCGGAGCCACACAGAAGCCAAAGGAUCAGAGUGCUGCUCCUGUGCAGAUCAGGAAGAUUGAAGUAAUCACAUUACUCCGCACCAACAACACAAACACUCACCUGAAGGUGCAGUUGGGGGGUCGUCUGCGGAACCUUUACGGAACAACUCAAGUCCUUUCUGAGGGAAUGGGCUUCAAAACCGUGGAGGAAUUCACCAAAUUAUUUUUCCACAUGCUGCCUCUCACUGUGACGGCUAACAUGCAAGGAAAGAGGAUCCUGGAGAUGAGAAUGAUCUGACACGUCGUUUAUUAUGGGAUGUUUGGGAAACGCAGUUUGCUUUGGGUCACGUGGAGGGGUUUCAAUCCUCUCCUUUGUACUCCCAAUUACUUUUAUACUAAUUAAAAACAUUACUGAGUGUUUCUUUUUAUUAUUUUGUGCUUCAAUAAGUUGGUCCUUAUAGUGAAUAUGUAAUAGAUUGUUUUAAUAGAAGAAAGUAAAUUCAUGUUUUCUUGUGAUAAAAUAUGUAAUGUGGUAAAAAGAUCAUAUAUUACAUUAGACACACAAAGAUUGUAUGGUAUAUAAAUACUAAACUGUGAAGAUAACUAAUAUUUACGUUUUGACAUGUUAAAUAUAAAAUGUUGAUCUUUGAUCCACUUAAAUGUCUGAUCUAGGAUCCUGAGAUCCAUUGCUUUUGUUUGUCUCCACCACAUUUGGGGUUCGCGGGUAAUUCCCUCACUUGAGUAAAUGUACGUGAUAAAACA